GAAGAUACACCAUGGGAACUACCAAAACAAAGCUCCUACAAAUACGCAUAGACCACCAAAAACUAGACAGCCUCUCUCACAUAUAGGAUGUGUAGAUUCUUCAAAAUCUGUCCGUACAAGCCAGUUUCAGUUCCGUUAACAGAGAAGAAGAAGAAGAAAAAGAAGGGGGAAAAAAAAAUAAAGAAAAAAUCGAACCGUUCUCAACAUCAUCAAGUCAAAACCCAGCACAAUGGUCCUUUGUUCAUCAGGAGCCACCAUACCCACACAUUGUCAUACAUUAGUUUUUUUUAUAUUUUUUUUCAAAGAUUUCUAGGAUAUAGAUUCUGUGUGUGUGUGUGUGUGUGUACGUGUUUGUAUGUGUGAAGGUGUUGAAUUGAGGUAUAGAAAAUGGCGGGAGGAGGAGAUGCUAAUGGAAGGGAGCUCGAUCAGACACCGACAUGGGCAGUAGCAUUGGUUUGUGCGGUCAUCAUUCUAAUCUCUAUUUUGUUGGAGAAACUUCUACACCACGUUGGUGAGUGGUUUAGGCAAAGACGCAAGAAACCUAUGCUGGAAGCGCUCGAGAAAAUUAAAGCCGAGCUUAUGGUUCUUGGAUUUAUUUCCCUACUCUUGACAUUUGGCCAACACUACAUUGCCAACAUCUGUAUUCCCAUAAAGCUCGCAGACACAAUGUUGCCAUGCCCCAUGAAACAUCCUCCCCAGCACCAUGGACCAGAGCUUAAUUUGCCUCAUGAGCCUGAUGAGCUUAAUGCGCCUCAUGAGCCUAAACAUGUGCCUGAUGAACAUAAUUUGCCUCUUGAGCCUAAACAUGAGCCUGAACAUGUGGCCGAACACCAUAGGAGGCUUCUAUGGUAUGAGCAUAGAUUUUUAGCAGGUGAUAGUCCAGCUUCAGGGUGCAAGAAGGGGUACGUGCCACUUAUAUCUGUCCACGGAUUACAUCAGUUACACAUCUUCAUAUUCUUUUUGGCAGUCUUUCAUGUUAUAUACAGCGCAAUAACAAUGAUGCUUGGGAGAUUGAAGAUACGUGGGUGGAAGGAAUGGGAGCAUGAAAUGGUUAAUGACUCUGAAUACAAUGAUCCUACAAGAUUCAGGCUAACCCACGAGACAUCUUUUGUGAAAGAUCACAUGAGAUUCUGGACCAAAACGCCAGUCCUCUUUUAUUUGGCAUCCUUCUUUCGGCAAUUCAUCAGGUCUGUUCGUAAAGCUGACUACUUGACCAUGCGCCAUGGAUUCGUCUCUGUUCAUUUAGCACCUGGAAGUAACUUUGACUUUCAAAAAUAUAUCAAAAGGUCACUAGAAGACGAUUUCAAGGUAGUUGUGGGAAUCAGCCCAGUAUUAUGGGCUUCUGCAGUCAUCUUUCUGCUUCUCAAUGUUGCCGGAUGGCAGGCUAUGUUUUGGCUGUCCAUUAUGCCUCUAAUUGUUGUCCUAUCAGUUGGAACAAAGCUACAAGCAAUUAUAACUCAGAUGGCUGUCGAAAUCCAAGAAAGACACGCCGUAGUCCAAGGCAUACCUCUCGUGCAAGUCUCCGACAGACAUUUUUGGUUUGGCUGGCCUCAGUUAAUUCUCCAUCUCAUCCAUAUCACUCUCUUUCAGAAUGCAUUCGAGAUAACAUAUUUUUUUUGGAUAUGGUAUGAGUUCGGGUUGAAAUCUUGCUUUCAUCAGAAUUUCACACUUAUAAUACUCAGAGUUGGUCUUGGGAUAGGAGUUCAAAUUGUGUGCAGCUAUAUUACACUUCCGUUAUAUGCCCUCGUCACUCAGAUGGGAUCAACUAUGAAGAGGUCCAUAUUUGAUGAUCAAACUUCCAAGGCUCUGAAGAACUGGCAUAAGAAUGCUUUGAAGAAAAAGAACGACGGGAAGACAGAGCCUGCUGCUACUCGGACAUUAGGUGGGAGCCCCGGUGACUCACCCAGAAUUCCCCCAAACUCGGACAUGGAACCCUCCCCUAAACAAACUGCCGCCAGCAUAGUUGCCCACAUGGACAUUCUUGUGUGGUAAAUCCAUCCCCCGUGACUUGCUAACGGGCCCAUGAUUGUGGCGAUGAAGGUGGUGGUGGAAAAUGUGAAUGAUGUUGAAGUCAUGGAAAACAAGCUUAUUGUUAUUGCUUGUAUACUGAUUGGAAUUGUAGAUUAGCGCAACAAUUAGGAAACAAAUUGGUUAUUGUUUUACAUUGUACAUUUCCUUGGGGGUUUAGUUAUAUUUGUAAAUCUCACUUCAAGAACAACUUGUACCCAUGUCAUUCAACAUCCUAGCUACUAACUGGUUUCUCAAA